CGCCGAGAGCUGCUGAUGCUGGAGAAGAAGAUGGGCCACCGUUAAAGGGAGCAGCAGUUUUGUUACGAACUAUCAAAAACCUUACUACGAACGUUUUAAUAUUUAAACUUUCAACAUAUUUCUGCUGUGUUUCAUUUGUUCGAGGUGUUAGAAAAUGAUCCUCACCGUGAAACCGCUUCAAGGAAAGGAGUGCAGUGUUCAGGUCACCGAAGAUGAGAAAGUGUCCACGGUGAAGGAGCUUGUGUCUGAACGACUGAACAUCCCUGCAAACCAGCAGCGGUUACUCUACAAAGGGAAAGCUCUUGCAGACGAGCACAGACUGAGCGAUUACUCCAUUGGGCCUGAGGCUAAAUUGAAUCUUGUCAUUCGUCCCGUGGGGGAGAGGGCUGCAGCUCCGGGGAUGGCAGGCGGCAGCAGCAGCAACCCGCAGGGAGGAGUGUGGCAGAUUGUAUCCACUAUACUAGCCAGACACUUCAGUCCAGCAGAUGCAGCUAAAGUUCACGAACAGCUUAUGAAGGAUUAUGAACGUUCACUUCGACAGCUCAGCCUCGAUGAUAUUGAGCGCUUGGCGGGGAGACUCCUUCACCCUGAAGGCGAGAGCAUGGACACCUCUUACAUGGACUAACCAUUCAUAACUUAAUUCUUCUGAUGUUUUUCUGUUGAGUUAUUGUCAGUGCUUGAAGAUACAGUGUUUAGACGGGGAGAAAGGAAAGGAUCAGUUGAAUUUCAGGGAUAUCCUGGCGUGUGCCUGAUCUCCAGCUGAGUGAUCACAUGGACAGCUGAAUAUCUCGGCUUUUUUCCUGUUUUUUUUUUUUAGCCGCCCAGAUAAAAAGGACUUGGAUGAGAAGAUGUGGCCCUUUUUUCCUCUGGCCUUCAUCAUUGUUGGGUGUUAAUGACUCACAGCCUGAUCACACAAGAUCUGAAUACAAUGGAAUAAUUUAUGCUGUUAUUUUCACAUGAUCUCUGGCUGCUACAUUUCCUCGGGCAUACUAACUUCUACAGGAGGGUAUUUAUUAUUGUCUUGAGUGAUAACUUUUAUCUUUUUCCAAGAAUUGUGGGCAACAUGUCUUAUCCCAUAAUAUACUGUUCACCAUUGUAUGAUUUGUAAAUAUAUUUGUUUAUAUAUAUGUUUGCAAACAUUAAAACUGAAAAAAUAUCUUUCACCUUAA